CCCGGCCAGAACGCCUGGGGCGGGGGUCUCUGCGCCUGCGCAGUGGAGCUGGGCGCUCUUGAGGCUUGUUUCUAAGGGUCGGGUCCCGCGUGCGGGCUACCGGAUGGCGGAACCCAAGGCGGAGUCGGAGCCCUUGCUGGGCCGGGCCCGCGGCGGUGGCGGCGACUGCCCGGCGGGGCUGACCACUUGCCGCAGCAUCCAAGUCGGCCCUGGUGCCGCGGCCAGGUGGGACCUCUGCAUUGAUCAGGCUGUGGUCUUCAUCGAAGAUGCUAUUCAGUACCGCUCCAUCAAUCACCGGGUGGAUGCCAGCUCGAUAUGGCUUUACCGACGGUAUUACUCGAACGUCUGCCAACGGACUUUGAGCUUCACCAUCUUCUUGAUCCUGUUUUUGGCUUUUAUCGAGACCCCAUCCUCGCUCACCAGCACGGCGGAUGUGCGCUAUCGCGCUGCCCCCUGGGAGCCGCCCUGCGGCCUGACCGAGAGUGUCGAGGUGCUCUGCCUGCUGGUCUUUGUGGCCGACCUCUCUGUGAAGGGUUACCUGUUUGGGUGGGCCCAUUUCCAGAAGAACCUUUGGUUGCUGGGCUACCUCGUGGUGCUGGUGGUGUCUCUGGUGGACUGGACCGUGUCCCUGAGUCUCGUGUGUCAUGAGCCUCUGCGCGUCCGCCGGCUCCUCCGCCCCUUCUUCCUGCUGCAGAACUCCUCUAUGAUGAAGAAGACCUUGAAGUGCAUCCACUGGUCACUGCCGGAAAUGGCCAGCGUCGGGCUGCUGCUGGCCAUCCACCUGUGCCUGUUCACCAUGUUCGGGAUGCUGCUGUUCGCUGGCGGGAAGGAUGAUGGGCAGGACAGGGAGAGGCUGACCUACUUCCAGAACCUGCCUGAGUCUCUGACUUCCCUCCUGGUGCUGCUGACCACGGCCAACAACCCCGAUGUGAUGAUUCCUGCAUAUUCCAAGAACCGGGCCUACGCCAUCUUCUUCAUAGUCUUCACCGUGAUAGGAAGCCUGUUUCUGAUGAACCUGCUGACGGCCAUCAUCUACAGCCAGUUCCGGGGCUACCUGAUGAAAUCGCUCCAGACCUCACUGUUUCGGAGGCGGCUGGGGACCCGGGCUGCCUUUGAAGUCCUGUCCUCCACGGCGGGGGAGGGAGGAGCCUUCCCUCAGGCAGUUGGGGUGAAGCCCCAGAACUUGCUGCAGGUGCUUCAGAAGGUCCAGCUGGACAGCUUCCACAAACAGGCCAUGAUGGAGAAGGUGCGCUCCUACGGCAGUGUUCCGCUCUCAGCUGACGAGUUUCAGAAACUCUUCAACGAGCUUGACAGAAGUGUGGUUAAAGAGCACCCGCCGAGGCCCGAGUACCAGUCCCCGUUUCUGCAGAGUGCCCAGUUCAUCUUUGGCCACUACUACUUUGACUACCUGGGGAACCUCAUCGCCCUGGCAAACCUGGUGUCCAUUUGCGUGUUCCUGGUGCUGGAUGCAGAUGUGCUACCUGCUGAGCGUGAUGACUUUGUCCUGGGGAUUCUCAACUGUGUCUUCAUUGUGUACUACCUGUUGGAGAUGCUGCUCAAGGUCUUUGCCCUGGGCCUGCGAGGGUACCUGUCCUAUCCCAGCAACGUGUUUGAUGGGCUCCUCACCAUUGUCCUGCUGGUUUUGGAGAUCUCAACUCUGGCUGUGUACCGAUUGCCACGCCCAGGCUGGAGGCCGGAGAUGCUGGGCUUGCUGUCGCUGUGGGACAUGACCCGCAUGCUGAACAUGCUCAUCGUGUUCCGCUUCCUGCGCAUCAUCCCCAGCAUGAAGCUGAUGGCCGUGGUGGCCAGUACCGUCGUGGGCCUGGUGCAGAACAUGCGUGCGUUUGGCGGGAUCCUGGUGGUGGUCUACUACGAAUUUGCCAUCAUUGGGAUCAGCUUGUUUCGAGGUGUCGUUGUGGCUCCCCCUGGAAACAGCAGCCUGGCCUCAGCCAAUGGCUCGGCGCCCUGUGGGAGCUUCGAGCAGCUGGAGUACUGGGCCAACAACUUCGAUGACUUUGCGGCUGCCCUGGUCACUCUGUGGAACUUGAUGGUGGUGAACAACUGGCAGGUGCUCCUGGAUGCCUAUCGGCGCUACUCGGGCCCGUGGUCCAAGAUCUAUUUUGUAUUGUGGUGGCUGGUGUCGUCUGUCAUCUGGGUCAACCUGUUUCUGGCCCUGAUUCUGGAGAACUUCCUUCACAAGUGGGACCCCCAGAGCCACCUGCAGCCACUUGCUGGGACCGCGGAGGCCACCUACCAGAUGACUGUGGAGCUCCCAUUCAGGGAUAUUCUGGAGGAGCCCAGGGAGGAUGAGCUCAUGGAGAGGCUGAACCAGCACCCGCACCUGCGGCUGUGCAGGUGACAUCCGGGCUGCCGUCCCAGCCAGGGCGGCAGGAGAGAGAGGCUGGCCUACACAGGUGCCCAUCAUGGAAGAGGCGGCCAUGCUGUGGCCAGCCGAGCAGGAAGAGACCUUUCCUCUGAUAGACCACUAAGCUGGAGACAGGAAUCAAGUCCUUCGCGUGCGGCGCAGCAGCCAUCCACAGAGCCGCUGCUGGUGCUUCCGGGAGGCGCCACGCGCUCCGCUUUCUUUUAUAGCUGCUUCAGUGAGAAUUCCCUCGCCCACUCCACAGGGACCUUACAGACAAAAAAGCGAGAAGCAGCGGCCUCCCCUGUGCCCUGCAGCUUCGCGUGCCUUUGCUGCUGGUGGCCGUUGGGGACCACAGGCCUGACCAGGGCCUGCACAGGUUAACCGGCAGACUUCCGGGCCUUUCCAGUGGGGAUGCUGGUGGUUUGACAUGGAGAGAACCUUGACCGUGUUUUAUUAUUUCGUGGCUUGCAUGAGUGUGACUGGGUGCGUUUCUUUAGGAGUCUGAUUGCCAAUUAUUUUCAUCAAUAAGUCUUGCAAAGAAUGGGAUUGUCAUUCUUAACUUCAGCACAAUUCUAGUCCUGCUUCUCCGGAGUGGGGGUGUUGAGUAAAGCUGCUUGGGUUGUGCACUGCACAAGGGCACGUGGCUGUGAGGCGUAUCCUGGGAGUGGGGGGCGCCGUCUACCUGCUGUGAGGGGCACCUUUUCUGUUUUGCUCAAGGACAUGUAUAAGCCAAUGGUGACCUUGGUUCCUGUGUCCGCAGGUGUGUGGCAGGGGGCCUGGGGUGGGGAGGUGGGGCAAGUGAGCAGUGUGUGAAAAGCCUUGUUGCCACUUGAGGCAUGCCAGGUCCAGACUGACCAGUGGUUUUCUCACCUCAGGUGCCAACCCACGCCCCCUGUCUGCUGAGGUUUGGGUGCCAUCUAGUGGUGGGAUGGGAUUUGGUUGACUAUUUUUAAGGCAAGGUGGACCCAGCAACUUCCAGAAACAACUCUGGGGACACCACUCCCCAUCACACUGCACACGGAGCCUGGUGCCCGGUCUGUGCCCGAGCUCAGCAGGACCAGGAAGGGAUGGGCCCUGCCAGGGUUGCCUGUGCACUGUGCGUUUUCGCCUGGGAGGCACAAGUUCUUUCAUCUGCUUUUCCUUUAGAGGUGCUGAGCCCACGCCGUAGCCCCUGUGGGAUGGUUGGGGAGGGGGCGACGCGAACAACAGCGUGGUUGGUAUUGAGAUUGGGGAGAGGAGCAAGUCCAAGGAGAAGGUCGUGAGUUCUUUUUUACUCAUGUCGAAUAACAACAACAAUAACGAUAUGGAAACCACCACAAACUUGGGGAGAAGUUGCAAGUCAAGAGAAGCUUCCUUCUGAAUCACUCGAGUGGUUGCCGUUCUGGCCCUGCACCCUCUGUGCUUUGGGACAGUGUCCAACCCGCAUUCACGUCAGGAGUGAGUUGCACGUGGCUUUGUGGUCAUGGUGACUUAAUCCGCCUGGUCGGUGGCUCCGUCUCCCUGGGCUUGGACGACCUUGGCACUUCUGGAGAUAAGCCCGUGGCUCCCAGGUUGUUCACGUGAGGUUUCCUCGUGGUAGGCUCUGGGUCUGCGUUUUGUCUAGGAGUGUCACAGGGUGGACGCUGCCUCCUGGCAGGGGCUGCCCCAAUGCAGUUAGCCUCCUGCUGGUGUUCUCUCUUGUUGCUUGGUGAAGGUGGCCCCGGUCAGCUUCUCCACUGCCCAGUAAUGACCCUUUGUAAUGAAUGAGUGGGGAGGUAGUGGGAAGCAAUGCCAAUAUCCCAUCCCCGUCAAACUGCCUUUACUUUUUCCUUCCUUGCUCCCACCGGUGUGGACCUGGCCCCUGCUUGUAUUCAGGGCUGUGGUCUGUUACGAUGUUUACUCUCAGGCUCAGGUCCUGCCUGUUUGACCCGUGAGAGCUCCUUCUUCUGCCUUUUGUGUUUUUUUGUUAUGUACCUACAGUUCUUUAGCCGUUUCUUCACUUUCUGGUGCAAAAA